AUGCUCAUCUCGGCUGCCUCGGUGCCCCAUGGAGCGGUGGGCCUGUGCCCCCAGGGGCCCCCUGCGCCCCCACCGCCCCUGCUACCAAAGCCCGGGAAGGACAACCUGCGUCUGCAGAAACUUCUGAGAAAGGCAGCCCAGAAAAAAGGGAUGGGGAGUGGGCCCUCGGCCCCCCCAGGAGCCUUCCGCACCUCCCUGUCCCCCGUGAGCGAGGCCAGCCACGACCAAGAGACCACAGCUCCGUGCUCCACCGAGGUCCCUCUCAUGGCGGCCACCCUGUCCCACACCCCCAAUGUCCCCAUCACCCGCCGUAUGACAUCACCCCUGCAGAAGUCCACUUUCUCCCUCAGCCUCACCCAGAACAGGAGCCUGACCACCCACGUCAAGACCCCAGGGCCCCUGCUCAUGGCCCCUGCCCCAGAACCCGCCUGGUCCCCCAGUGGCUUCGCCCGCAUCUCAGCCCCCGCAGCAGGUGACACCCACAUCAGCCAGGUGCACAUCCAGCUGGUGCCGUCCCCGGGGGCUCGGACCCCUGAGCCUCCCCAGAUGGCCCCCGAUGCAGGUUCUGGCGGCCGGUGCCGAGACAUAGCCGCUGGCCUUCAUGGAGUCCAGCCCUUGAUCCCGGUUGCCCACAUCCACCCCCUUCCUACUGGAGCCCAGGCUGCCAGGCCCUGGCCUGAGGCACCCCCUGUGCCCAGGACGCCCCCUGGUUUCCAGGCCCUGGGGCCCAGAGAGGCCAGUACCCGAGUCGUGGUGCCCGUAGCCCCCACCUAUCGCUCACCAGGGCCCUCGCCAUACAGGCCAGCCCUCGGGACCCCCGCGGCUGAGCGCCUGGAGGAGCCCCCCACUGCUGGCCCCGCCGCAGAGGCUAAGCAGGUCUCUAGCCUUCCAGGGGCCUUGUCCCCUGCCUCACCGCCAGGCCCCCGCCCUUGCCCUGUCUCCAAAGAUGCCCCCAAGCCCCGGCUCAGCGGCUGGAUGCGCCUCAAGAAGCAGCUGAUGGAGGAGGCGGAAGAGGCCCCGUUCCUGAGGCUGGAGCAGAGCCCCGAGCGAACGGAGCAGGAGAAGACAACCCCUGCUGACCAGGAGCCCAGGCCCCCCACCAACCUGGCCCCUCAGCCCCCCACCAACCUGGCCCCCCGGCCGCCUGCCUCCCGAGCCUCCAAGCUGUGGGAUGCUGUGUUGUACCGCAUGUCCGUGGCCGAAUCCCACAGCAGCCCCGCAGCGCCCAGGGACAGGGUGUGUACCCUGACCGGCCUCGGCCGCCUGCCCUUUAUGUGCCGGCCCCGCUUCAACGCCCGGAAGCUGCAAGAGGUGGCCACCCGGCCCCCUCCCACCAUCCACUCCGUCCUGGAGCUGGGCCCCCAGCCCAAGAACUUCAACCGCACAGCGGCCGGCUGGAGGCUCCGGUGA